GUAAGUAGAGAGAGAAUUUUCUCUCAGAGAAAGAGAAAGAAUAUGCAUAUUUCCUCUUAAACUGAGUCAACAACAGUAAAAAAGUUCCUUCACAAAUUUCGCCAUAUUUAAAUCUCCUUUCACACCUUUUAAUCCGAUACCAUUGUGUUUCAAUGUCCCCCCACUGCGCGCUCAGCUGAAUUUUACUGGAGUUCUCGAGCCACUCCCAAACACACCUGAUAACACUGACCGACUGCUGGGAAUCCGCCAUCAGCCUCCACAUUCAACUCACGGGGAAAACCGAAACUCCUCCUAAACACUUCGCCAACUCUUACAUUUAUCAUUCAGACGGGCUCUUUUAGUCAGGUUUUAGUGGAUUAUAUCUUUUGGCUUUUGUUUAGCCGCUGGGAGGGAUUAUAACACGCGAAAAAACUUUACCACAUCAUUUUAAAAGUCUCAUCCCUCCAUUUUGAGUCUGACAGGAAUUUCAACAGUUUGAAUAAUGACAAGCAUUAAUACAGCAAACAUCAACUUCAAAUGGGAUCCCAAGAGCCUGGAGAUCCGCACACUGGCUGUGGAAAGACUGCUGGAGCCCUUGGUUACCCAGGUCACCACACUUGUGAACUCUAGCAACAAAGGACCAUCCAACAAGAAGAAGGGACGCUCCAAGAAGGCUCAUGUUCUAGCAGCCUCCGUGGAGACAGCCACCCAGAACUUCCUGGAGAAAGGCGAGAAGAUUGCUAAAGAGAGCCAGUUCUUAAAGGACGAGCUGACCGCAGCAGUGGAGGAUGUCCGCAAGCAAGGAGAAUCCAUGAAGUUGGCCUCAGGAGAGUUUGCAGAGGAUCCCUGUUCUUCAAUGAAGAGAGGCAACAUGGUCCGUGCUGCACGUGCCCUUCUUUCUGCUGUCACUCAUCUGCUUGUACUGGCAGACAUGGCUGAUGUUUACCAGCUUCUGCUUCAGCUCAAACUGGUUGAGGAGAGCCUGGUGAAGGUACGUAACGCUGGCACUGAGCAGGACCUGGGUAUCCAGUACAAAGCUCUGAAACCGGAGGUGGACAAACUGAACGUGAUGGCGGCCAAGAGGCAGCAGGAACUCAAGGACGUCCAUCACAAAGACCAAAUGGCGGCGGCUCGCGGUGUCCUUCAGAGGAACGUUCCCAUGCUGUACACAGCUUCACGUGCCUGCCUGCAGCACCCAGAUGUGGCGGCGUACAAGGCCAACCGGGACCUCAUCUACAAGCAGCUGCAGCACGCUGUCUCCGGCAUAUCUAAUGCAGCACAGGCUACCAGCAGUGAGGACUCCAGCUUCUCCCAGUCUGCAGGUGGAGGAGAACUGGCCUACGCCCUCAACAGCUUUGAUGUAAGUAUAAUCGUCCCUCCGCUGAGUUUUAGCGAGGACAGGUUCCGGCCUUCUCUCGAGGAGCGUCUGGAGAGCAUCAUAAGUGGCGCCGCCCUCAUGGCCGAUUCCUCCUGCACUCGUGACGACCGGCGUGAGCGCAUCGUGGCUGAAUGCAACUCUGUGCGACAGGCGCUGCAGGAUCUGCUCUCCGAGUACAUGGGCAAUGCUGGACAUAAAGAGAAGAGCGAUGCCCUGAACACUGCCAUCGACAGGAUGACUAAGAAGACCCGUGACCUGCGCAGACAGCUGCGGAAGGCUGUGAUGGACCACGUGUCAGACUCUUUUCUGGAGACCAAUGUUCCACUGCUGGUAUUGAUCGAGGCUGCCAAGAAUGGUAAUGAAAAGGAGGUGAAGGAAUAUGCCCAAGUUUUCCGUGAGCACGCCAACAAACUGAUUGAGGUAGCUAACCUUGCAUGCUCCAUCUCAAACAAUGAGGAGGGAGUAAAGUUGGUACGGAUGGCCGCUUCCCAACUGGAAACACUUUGCCCUCAGGUGAUUAAUGCAGCCUUGGCCCUGGCUGCUAAACCUAACAGCAAAGUGGCCCAGGAUAACAUGGAUUUGUUUAAGGACCAGUGGGAGAAACAGGUGCGGGUGCUUACUGACGCAGUGGAUGACAUCACUUCCAUUGACGACUUCCUCAGCGUGUCUGAAAAUCACAUUCUGGAGGAUGUUAACAAGUGUGUCAUCGCUCUGCAAGAGAAGGAUGUCGACGGCCUGGAUCGCACCGCUGGAGCCAUUCGAGGUAGAGCUGCCCGUGUGGUCCAUGUGGUCACAUCUGAGAUGGACAACUAUGAACCUGGGGUCUACACAGAGAAGGUUCUGGAAGCCACCAAGCUUCUCACUGAUACAGUGAUGCCACGUUUCACUGAGCAGAUAGAGGCAGCCGUGGAGGCUCUCAGCGCCAACCCAAGCCAGCCAGUGGACGAGAACGAGUUCAUUGAUGCCUCGCGUCUGGUAUAUGAUGGCGUGAGGGACAUCAGGAAGGCGGUGCUUAUGAUCAGGACUCCAGAGGAACUGGACGACUCUGACUUUGAGACAGAAGACUUUGAUUCUCGUAGCAGGACCAGUGUGCAGACGGAAGAUGAUCAGCUCAUCGCCGGACAGAGCGCUCGGGUGAGACGCAUGAUCAUGAUGGAGAUGACAGACUUCACCAGGGGGAAAGGACCACUCAAAAACACCUCUGAUGUGAUUAGUGCUGCAAAGAAGAUUGCCGAAGCCGGAUCAAGAAUGGACAAGCUGGGCCGCGCUAUUGCGGAUCAAUGUCCAGAUUCAGCUUGCAAGCAGGAUCUGUUGGCCUAUCUGCAGCGUAUCGCCCUGUACUGUCACCAGCUCAAUAUCUGCAGUAAAGUCAAAGCAGAGGUGCAGAAUCUGGGUGGAGAGCUUGUGGUGUCUGGGGUGGACAGCGCUAUGUCUCUGAUUCAGGCAGCCAAGAAUCUGAUGAAUUCUGUGGUGUCCACUGUGAAGGCCUCCUACGUGGCCUCCACCAAGUACCAGAAGUCUCAAGGAAUGCAAAACCUCAACAUGCCCGCCAUCUCCUGGAAGAUGAAAGCUCCCGAGAAAAAGCCGCUGGUCAAACGCGAGAAGCAAGAUGACGGUCAGACCAACAAAGUGAAGCGGUCCUCUCAAAAGAAGCACAUCAACCCUGUGCAGGCCCUGAGCGAGUUCAAAGCAAUGGAUAGUAUUUAAGCGGCCUUUACCGCAUUUCAGUAGAUUAUGCUUCAGAAGUAGAUUGAGCCUUGAAAUCAGUCAGAUUUAGCGAGUACACAUUUAAACGCAUUCCUGUACCUUAGUCCACAAUCUGCUUUUUUUUUUUUCAUAAGCAGUGGCUAUGAUGAGUGCACUAAGGUCUAUAAAGCAAAUGUUAUAUUUUUACACUUGAAUGCAUUAAUCUGCUCAAUCUUUACACAAGAUUUCUUCCUGAGGACAGGUAGGGGCAUAUGUUAAAUUUCAGGCGUUGCCUCAGUUUAUAUGUACGUUUCCCCCUUUUCUAGAUGACUAUUGUAUAUUUUUUAAAACAUUUAAGUGUAUUUUACAAGAAGACUUUUUUAUAUAUUUCACACUAAGGGCUUUGAUAUUGCCCAUUACCGUGUGAUUUUUGUUUUUCCUUCCAUUCUUCAUGCCUAUGCAAACUCACUGUAACACUUGCAAUACUUGUUUUGGUAUGAAACUAUAAAAGAAAAACAGACUUUGAUUUAGUGUCAGUCUCAAGACCAAAGUCUUUGUAUUUUGCUGUGCCUAAUAAACUUUUUGAUAACUC